UAAACUAGUGUGUACAUGUGUAGAAGUAUGGAGUUGGGGACCUAACAAUGUUGUGGACUGGGUUAUUUACGGGAAAUUGUGAGUGAUAUAUAGAAUUGUGUAUAUUUGUUACCGGCGUCGGUGUGUUAUUGUUAGUGGUAAUAUCGUUUUGGGAUGCGUGACAGCUUGUAGUAGACUCGUUCGGUUAUCUGAUAGCUUGGCACUACUUAGCCAGCGCGGUGUUUUUGAACGCUAGAAAUAAAUGUAAAUGUCAAGUCAUUACUAAGGGGCCUAUUUUUUUCUUUUUUUCCCUAUUAUAUCGGAUCACUUGUACUUGUUGCCGAGUGUUCAAGGAACAUUACGAUAGCUGGAGUCUGGAACUUGUGUCCACAUGGGGCCAACGCGAUAUGUCUCGUAUAGCGUGUGUAACGUAUUAUGUUCUAUUUACAACAUCCUGUUCCACAAAAACAUUCAUAAGCGAUAGUAUCUACGUUUCUGUUGAGCUAUUCGGUGGUUUUUCUCAGAGAACAGAAUUAUGAAGCCAUAAUUACAAGUUUUUUGUUUGGUACAAAUUUAGUUUGGUUGGUAACAUUUAUAACCAUUAUUGACGAACUGCGCACUACCUUCGGACCGUCUAUAAUAUUUUGGUGAUAAAUUUGUUCAGAAGUACAAAGCAGUGACUGUAAACAUGUAGCAAGACUGAAGGAAGUUGUUAUCAGUGGGGUUGUCUCAACUUUUGACAGGAAAAAUGGUCAAAGUGAUAGCUACUGUCUGCCUUUUGUGUGCUGCAUCUGUGUCACAUGCUGUUCACGUGAGUUCUGUAAAAGGCACGGAUGCACAUGUAAUGGAUUUGGAUGAUAAUAACUUGUAUCAUAUUAAAAAAAUUUUUACCGAGUAUGGUGAUGGAGAGAGUAUAUCGUUGGAAGGCUUUCUUCGCAUGAUGAAUGUAGGAAAGCUUCAACAGCUUGCCAACAACACCGAAACUGGUUCCAACACAAAAAACAAGGCUGGAACUGCAUUAGUUGCUGAACAACCUACAAAAGUACAAAAUGAUGUGAAAACAGAGUGCAUAAGAGAAGCGGACCUACUUUCUACCAGCAGUGCUACAAAUUCUAUUGUUACUGUGAACACAUUUCAUGAAUAUUGCCCUGUCCUCCUAUACAGUUUGGUAGCAAAAUCACAGUAUGAACAAGAUAAUGGUUGCAUUUAUGUACCAACACUGACAGAAUUAUCCACCAACACUACAGGACGUGAAAUUAGUUUGAAAGUAUGGCUCUGUGCUGUUGCAAGUGUUAUUGUCGUAAGUCUGUGUGGCCUGCUUGGUGUUGCUGUAAUUCCCUUCAUGGAACGUGCAUUUUACCAGCAGAUGCUUCAGUUUCUUGUUGCACUGGCCAUUGGAACACUGUGUGGUGAUGCCCUCUUGCAUCUCUUGCCUCAUGCUAUUGCUGGAGAACAUGAUGAUGAUGAAAGUGAGCAUCAUUCUGAACAUGACCAUCAUUCUGAAGAUAUGGUCUUAAAGGGGCUGGUUGCAGUUUUGGGAAUUAUCUUAUUUUUUUUCACUGAAAAGUUCCUUACUGUAGUCGCAGAAUAUCACAAACGACGACAGAAAAAGAGGGAGGCACCUCCAACAGUGCGCGUCGUGCAAGAUUGUGAGGGAAUACGGACACCUUCUGUUGGCGAGAAAUUGUGCAAACAUAAAUAUAGCUCAUCACCAUACUGCUAUGACGAAAUUACAGAAAUGUCAGAAGCGCAUAAAAAGAUGAACAACCCUGAUAACAUUUCGAAGAAAAAUAGAGAUUUAAACCUGAACCAGAACAAUCACUGCCAUACUUAUGGAGAAGAUGAAGAGGAAGAAGAAGAAGAGGAGGAGUUUGAUCAUCAAAUGAGUUCUGUAAAUUGUAGUGGUGAGAUGGCCCUCCGUCCCAGCACAUCGAGUGCUUCUAAUGAAGCUGUAAACAGAGAUGGUCAACUUAGUUCUCACAACAAAGAAGAUGAGAAAUAUAUUGUAAUAAUAAGAGAGCAUCAGAAUUCUCACCAUGGGCAUUCACAUACUCAUGGACAUGUACAUUCACCACCAAAGACAAUGUCAUCAGUUGUAUGGAUGGUGGUUAUGGGUGAUGGCCUCCACAAUUUUACAGAUGGUGUAGCCAUAGGUGCUGCAUUUGCUGCCAAUAUAGGUGGUGGCUUUUCAACUGCCAUCGCUGUCUUCUGCCAUGAGCUACCUCAUGAAUUAGGUGAUUUUGCUGUGCUGCUGAAAGCAGGGAUGAGUCCAAAGCAAGCAGUAUUUUACAAUUUAUUGUCAUCUAUCCUCUGUCUGUUCGGGAUGGUGAUUGGAUUGGUAUUAGGCCAGAAUUCGUCAGCCACCUCAUGGGUGUUUGCACUAGCAGGAGGACUUUUUUUGUACAUAGGCCUUGUUGACAUGAUUCCAGAGCUUACUAGCGGCCACUCGAAGGAGGGCGGCUCGUUGUGCCAGUGCCUCCUGCAGUUCCUCGGCCUACUGGUUGGUGUUGGAAUCAUGCUCUUAAUUGCUCUUUAUGAGCAUGAUAUUAAGACUGUCUUCAAGACUUAACGAAAAUAUUUUAAUAUUUCAUGGCAGCUGCUACUGAAGUCCCAUAUUUUAAAAUUCGUUGUUCUCUGUCAGUGAUAGUAGUUGAUUUUUAAGAUGUCUAUUGAUUUGAGUAUAAAAAUGUGUGGCAGCAUAUUGUCUGAUCCAUUCUGUGUGUGCUCAACAAAAAUCAUAAUUUAAUGAAACUGCCCUCUCAGCUUAUGUAUUUCUCUUUAAUCAUUGCUUUCUUUAUUAGCAUUUAUUAAUAUGAAGGUUUGCAAUAUGUUAAGUAGGGCAUUACAUAUCUCCAAGAUAAUUUUUCUACUUUUCAUUCAGUUUCCAUUAUUUGUUGUUGUAAGUUCACCACGCUAGGUCCCCCCCCCCCCUUCCCUUCUCCUCCUCCACAAUUCACAAUUUGAAAUGACACUUUAAUGUCAGCUAAAAUUCAUGGCUUGAAUUGCACAAGGUUCUUGAUGGAGAGACAUCAACUUCCAAGACUCUCGCCAUAAUAACUAGGUUUGCAAAUAUUUUAUGGGUAGUUGUUUUGUGCAAGGAAGAUUAAUUUUCCUCUAUAUCACAUCAACUUUGUGCCCUGUGUUAAACAUGGUAAAAUGAGAGAGAGACAUUCCUGUGGCAAAUGCUGUUUUGCGCUCUGGAAGCAGUUGACUCUUGUUUCACCUCAAUUUAUUAUUUGUAGCUGCCUGAUGUUACUGUUAUUUUUAUCAUGCCAAGUGGCUGGUGAACUUAGGUUUUCUGUUGUUUCUUAAAAAUUAUUUUCAUGUUAUUUUAUUUAUGUUUAUUGUAUUGUUUGUAUUUGAGUAACUGUUCUGCAUUUGUUGUCAGUUUGAAAUUCUUUACUCACUCAUUUGAAGUUGUAUUUAUGAUAGUUUAAUUUGUGAGGUUUUGUAACAUUGUUGAAGUGUGUGUGAAUAAACAGUGGAUAAGUUUUCUA